CAAAAUCAUAUAUAAAGCGUUUUUGAACCCAGGAAUAUUUAUUUCUGCAGACGCUCCAAAAAAAAAAAGACUUUUUAGUUUUUACAGCUGAAAACAUAAAACAAGAGAACCAAAUUUUUAUUUUGGGCUUAGUCAGAAGGACAUUAUGGCAAAUAUACCUUUGGGCACGAGGGUUUCUAGUUUAUUUGAUGUACCAGAGAGGCGAGACUUACAACCCCAUGGAUCGAGUAUUACCUCCUUUGCUUGGGAACCACAUGAAGAUGGACCCAGAAAGGCCAAAAAGAUAUACUAUGAGAACACCUACAAAAUGGAACCACCGGAGAAGUUUCGACCAGAUAAGGUUAGGCCUAUUAUUGAGAAGGUGCUUGCUACAAAUCUAGAAGGCAGGAAGUAUGAUCCUAUCGAAUGUUCCUUAUUGUCAAAAGCCCUCUCUGAUGAUAUCAAACAUCAAGUUAGAGCUCUCAAGUUUGAAAGGUACAAGAUUAUAGCUUUAGUAACUAUAGGACAGAAGGCAGAUCAAAGUGUAAAUGUGGGUAGCAGAUUCCUGUGGGAUGCUGACAGGGACAAUUUUGCUACUGCUUCAUGGAGUAACAAAAACCUUUACGCUGUCGGAACUGUUUAUGCUGUCUACUAUGAAUAGAAGUCAUUUGGAUUUUUUACGUUUAAGCUUAAUUAUUUAAGAAAUCAAGCACUUGUUUACCAUUGGUUAUGAGGCUCUACCAGCAGCAUUUGGUUGAAAAUAUAUUACACAAUCCACUGACUAUCCAUUAAAUUCUACUUUAGACUGAGGGUCUAAUAUUGAUUAUGACUUGGUGCAAAGUGGUUAUAUCGCUAUUAUUUCAUACGAGUUACAACGGUUUCACACUAAGCACUCCAAACGUAUAAUUAUUGUGUUCCUCACUGCCAAAUUGGAGUUUUAUAUUUCAGUUUAAAUUUUGUACAAGAUUUCAAUAUUUGAUCAUUGUGCCUGUCUAUUACAAGUCUUUUCAGGAGCAAUUUGGUGAUAGUACAUGUACAUAAACUUGAUAUUCUUUUAAAAUUAGUUAUUGAUAAAAAAGUUUUAAGAAUGUUUUUAAUGAACGUCUGUUAGUUCAUAUUAUACUCAUUUUAUUAUUAAACAUUGUUGCCAUGACAGUCUUUUUUUCUGCAAAAUAAAGCAAUGUUCAAGAGGUCAUAUUGCCAUUUGGCAGCAGUUGCAUUGAACUCUUAUGUAAUUUGUUACAAAAAAAUUUUAUUCGUGACUUUCUUCUCAUGAAAGCAAUAUAUAAAAGAACUUAGAAGCCAUCGGCUAUUUGCUACUAAAGUUGACAGCACUCUUAAAUUCAUCUUGUGUAACAAAUAAAGGAUAUUAGGUUAGUGUCUUUUCAUACUGGAUUAUUAAAGUUAUUGGAUACAUUUGAUAGAAACACUCGAAGCCUAGUGUCAAUUUCAUUCAAUGAGUUAAAUAAAUUCAGUAGUGAAAGGCACAGAUGUAAUAUUCUUAUUAUCAGAUGUAAGCUUUACCUGCCAAAAUAUCAAAAAAAAAUUCUUUCUUUACCUGUUCCAGUCACAGUCAAUUAGAUCUCCUAUACUUAAAACAUCAUAGUCAAAAUGUUAUAACACUAGUGUGAUACAAACGUCAUGCAAUGGCUUUAUUCACUGAUAGAAUGUCAAAUAUGUGAUAAAGAGUUAUAAUUCUAGAAUUUUUUUUUAUCAGGAAAGCAAUGUACAAGAGACCAUUAUAUUAACUUACUACUUAAAUGGCAGCAAUGUGCCAAGAAUUCAUAUUUACCCAGACACAUUUAAUGUUUUAAACAGUUUCCAUUUCCAUGGACCACUUUCAUUUUUUUAGUAAGAAAAGUAAUUUUGACUCUUUCAUAAUAGGUACAAUAUGAACAGUUUAUUCAAGCCAAAAAAACAACAACAAAAAACACCAACAAAAAACAUUAUUUACAUUGUUAUUGUUCUUUAAUAAUUUCUAGUCAAAAAGUUUACCUUGUUAAGUUUUAUUUGUUGUGCCUUAAAGUGUUUUUAUUUGUUUUGCUUAAUUUUACAUUUUAAUGAAUUGUUAAUGUAUGGUGCUGAAUAACAAGGAAAAAAGGGACAAAAAAAACCUACUUUGUAUUGUGUUCAGAAAUUUAUGUAAAUAAAACUGUAUAUAAUGCC